CCAGAGAGCCCCAGCCGAGGCCACACUCCUAGUAGCUCACCACCAGACAGUAAGUAUCCAUCAAGGGGAGACAGGGCGCAAGAGACCCAGUUCUGGCUGCUGGGUAAACCAGGGCAGCACAGAAACGCCUGCUGGGCUGCGUUCGGCUCCCUGCUGGUGCGGGAAUUGUCAGGCACCACGCUAGAGAGCUAGAGAUUAAGUUUUCUUAGACUCCCUUUCCAGGCGUUGACACUUACCUGUAGGUUUGCUUAAGCAGCAUUUGUUUUCUUCUCUCCACAGGUGGUGUGUGGACUCCAGACCUGGUGCCUAGUCCCCCUCCCACUCCUGGGGCCUCUCGCCACGCCCUUGCUCUGAGAGCCGCCCGAGCCCUAGCCAGCAUCCAGACAUGGGGGACAUGAAAACUCCCGACUUUGAUGACCUUCUGGCUGCCUUCGACAUCCCGGACCCCACCAGCCUGGACGCCAAGGAGGCCAUCCAGACCCCCGGCGAGGAGAGGGAGGGCCCCCUGAAGCCCGUGGGCCUGUGCGCGGAUGACAGUGCGGCCUUGUCGCACGCAGGGGCCGCGCCGGACGCACCAGCCGUGAGUGUCAUCGUCAAGAAUACCAGCCGCCAGGAGUCACUAGAAGCGGAGAAAGACCACAUGGCACCCAGCCUCCUGCCCAAUGGGUUCCGGGGCCCAGCGCCACCCCCGGAGCCCCACCCCGGCGGGAAGUUCGACUCCCCUUUUGUGAAUGGAGAUAGCGCCCGGAGCUUCCCUGGCAAGCUGGAGCUUCCCAAGUCAGAGCCGCUGCCAACCUUCAGCCAGUUCAGCCCCAUCUCCAGCCCAGAGCCCGAGGACCCCAUCAAAGAGCAUGGCUUUGUGAUCAAGUCCAAGCACGGAGCCGACAGUUACUUCCCCCCACCCCCUGGGUGCGGAGCCGUGGGGGGCCCGGUCCUCGAGGCUCUGGCUAAGUUUCCAGUGCCAGAGCUGCACAUGUUCGACCACUUUUGUAAGAGAGAGCUGAAGCCGGAGCCCCUGCCCUUGGAUGGCCGGCAGGAGCCAGGGCAGGGGGUGCAGAAGGCCGCGGAGCCUCACAAGGAGCUGGCUUCUGGCCAGUUUCUUGGGGAAGCCUUGGGGUUCGGCGGCCCCAGCAGUAUUGAAGGGCUCCCUGCGCGGCGGGCCCCCGCGCUCAGUGCCUGCGCCUCCGCGCCCCCCCGGCAGCGCCUUAAGCCCGCGCACUCCAAGCUGUCCUCCUGCGUGGCUGCCCUGGUGGCCCUGCAGGCGAAGCGGGUGGCCGGCGUCGCCAGGGAGGACCACCCUGGCCACGCACAGGACCCCCCGGGGCCUGCCAGAGAGGCCCCCAAAGUGCCCAAGUCACCAAAGAGUCCCCGGAGCCCUCUGGAGGCCACGAGGAAGAGCGUGAAGCCAUUGGACAGCCCGCGCAGUGCCAGCCCCCGCAGCACCUGCUCCGACAGCAGCAGCCGGGGCUCCCCGCCUGCCAUCCCCAAAGUCAGGAUCAAGACCAUCAAGACGUCCUCGGGGGAAAUCAAACGGACUGUCACCAGGGUCUUGCCCGAUCCAGAUGACCUGAGCAAGUCCCCCGCUGGGUCCCCUGUGGGGGGUGCCCCUGCGGAGGCUUCUAGCAAGGUGCCUGGGGAUGAGGGCCUCCCCCAGCCUGUGGAGGGGCCGCCGGAGGCAGGCACGAGUUCAGGGAACCCCCGGGGGGACAGUGAAGGGGAUGAGAGCUCUGGGCCUCAGGUCCCUAAGGGGGCAGUCCCUGGCCCGCAGGCAGGCAAGACGCAGCAGAGCACCGCCCUGCAGCCCACGGCCCCGGCCCACCUCCUGCCCAAGGCCGUGCACCUGGCCAACCUGAACCUGGUUCCCCACAGCGUGGCUGCCUCCGUGACAGCCAAGUCCUCCGCCCAGGGGCGGGGCCAGCCGCAGCCCCCCCACAUGUCCGUGCCCCUGGUCCACCAGGUGCGGAAGGCCGCGCCCCUGAUUGUGGAGGUCUUCAACAAGGUGCUCCACAGCUCCAACCCCGUGCCCCUCUACGCGCCAAACCUCAGCCCGCCCGCAGACAGCAGGAUCCACGUGCCGGCCAGCGGCUACUGCUGCCUCGAGUGCGGGGACGCCUUCGCCUUAGAGAAGAGCCUGGGCCUGCACUACGCCCGGCGCAGCGUCCACAUCGAGGUGCUGUGCACACUCUGCUCCAAGACGCUGCUCUUCUUCAACAAGUGCAGCCUGCUCCGGCACGCCCGCGACCACAAGGGCAGGGGCCUCGUCAUGCAGUGCUCGCAGCUGCUGGUCAAGCCCAUCGCUGCCGACCAGAUGUUCGUGCCCGCCCCCCUGAACACCGCCACCGCCCCGGCCUCCCCCAAGCCAGGCUCCUCCUCGGGCAGCGCUGCCCCUCCAGUCCCGGCCUUGCCCCUCUACCCAGACCCCGUGCGGCUCAUCCGGUAUGGAACCAAGUGUCCCGAGUGCCACAAGCAGAUGAGAGACUACAUGGUGCUGGCCACGCACUUCCAGAGGGUAGCCAGCGAGACAGAGGGUCUGACCUGCCAAGUGUGCCAGAUGCUGCUGCCCAACCAGUGCAGUUUCUGUGCCCACCAGAGGGUCCACGCGCACAAGUCUCCCUACUGCUGCCCGGAGUGCGGGGUCCUCUGCCGCUCCGCCUACUUCCAGACCCAUGUGAAGGAGAACUGUCUGCACUACGCCCGCAAGGUGGGCUACAGGUGCAUCCACUGUGGGGUUGUCCACCUGACCUUGGCCUUGCUGAAGAGCCACAUCCAGGAGCGACACUGCCAGGUCUUCCACAAGUGUGCGUUCUGCCCCAUGGCCUUCAAGACGGCCAGCAGCACUGCGGACCACAGCGCCGCCCAGCACCCGGCCCAGCCCCACAGGCCCUCCCAGCUCAUUUACAAGUGCUCCUGUGAGAUGAUCUUCAACAAGAAGAGGCACAUUCAGCAGCACUUCUACCAGAACAUCAGCGCCACGCAGACCAGUGUGUUCAAGUGCCCCGAGUGCCCGCUGCUGUUCCCGCAGAAGCCCGAGCUGGUGCAGCACGUCAAGGUCACCCACGGUGUUCCCCGGAACGUGGAGGAGCUGUCCAGCCUGCAGUCCUCGGGGGACGCGUCCUCCAGCCGCCCCGGCCCGCGGCCCCCUGCAGAGCCCCCGGCCCCCAGCGUGGCCGCGCGAGGCAGCGCCCUGCCCUCCAGCCGCUGGGGCCGGCCAGACGCCCACCGCAGGGCUGACGCGAGGCCCCGGCUGAGGGCCUCGGGGUGGACCUGCCAGGAGUGCCAGGAGUGGGUUCCGGACCGCGAGAGUUAUGUGUCCCACAUGAAGAAGAGCCACGGGCGGACGCUGCGGCGGCACCCGUGCCGGCAGUGCGGGCAGUCCUUCCACACGCCCAGCAGCUUGCGCAAGCACAUCCGCAACAACCACGACACCGCGAGGAAGGUCUACACCUGCGGGUACUGUGUGGAGGACAGCCCCAGCUUCCCUCGGCCCUCGCUCCUGCAGAGCCACGUCAGCCUUAUGCACGGCAUCCGCAGCCCCGAUUUGAGCCCCACGUCCAAAGUCACACCGCCAGGCGGCCGCUCCCCACAGGCAAACCGGCUGAAAAGAGCCGUCGGCACAGGCGAUGCCCCGGGCACCAGCAACGGCACCACCGCGUCUUCCACCAAAAGGCACAAGUCGCUUUUCCAGUGUGCAAAAUGUGGCUUUGCCACGGACUCAGAGCCGGAGUUUCAGAGCCACGUACCUCAGCACCACGUGGACAGCUCCACGGCCCAGUGCCUCCUGUGCGGCCUGUGCUACACAUCCACCAGCUCCCUCAGCCGCCACCUCUUCAUCGUCCACAAAGUGAGAGACCAGGAGGAGGAGGAGGAAGAGGAGGAGGAGGAGGAGGUGGUGAAGGUGAAGGUGGAGGCUGCAGAUCCACAGGAAGGCUCUGGGGAGGAGGUGGCCAUGGAAACAAGGGAGAAUGGACUAGAAGCCUGUGCGGCAGAGCCCUUGCGGGCUGCCCCCGAGGCUCAGAGGUCACUGGGCGUAGCCCAGACCGAGGGUGGCGCCCGCGAUGCCCAGAGCCGGCUGCGGGCUUCUCAGGACCAGGACAGCCCCGCGCUGUCCCCUCAGGUGUGACCCGCGGCUGGGCGUGUGUGGUCAGGUUGGUCCGGGGCCCAUCGCCAGCUUUGGAGGGUGUGGCCGGGGUGCGGGGUGCGGGGCCCACCUGAGCCGUGGGUUUGUGUCCCCUUGCCCAGAAACACGGGAUGGCCCUGGACCCUCUGUUCUGCGUUUGCUUCUGUUAUUUAUGGCCUUGUGCUGCUUCCUGGUCUCCACUGCGGCCCAUGGCCUGCCCUGGCUGCUGUGCCACCCCGGCGGCUCUGCCAUCCGGGGGCUCUGCCGCCCUGGUGCACCGCCCCCCUCAGCCGCUGAGCUUUCUGGUCCCCGCUUGCUGCCUUCAGCCCGGGUGUCCUCAGGCCCUGCCUGCACACACCAGCUCUCCUUCCUGCCUUCAGGGCCCAGGAAGAGGGGAGUGAGGGGGGUCGACACCCCAAGGCCUGGGUCACCUUGCCCUUCCUGCCUGUCCCUCUGCGCCCGCGUGGAGCUGGAGGGGCGGGCGGGCAGCAUGGCCGUGGCGGGCAGGUGCCAAGACCUGGACACCUCCGGAAGGGGUGCGCAGGCCUUCGCUGCCCACGGCCGUGGGGAGCUGUGUCGUCACUCAGGGCCGGCCCGGCAGGCAGCCCCCGCCUCCGGCCGCACUCGGUUGCUCAGACUAUGUUUCAAAUAAAAUCUUCUUGCCGCACAGGUAGGCUCUUGUAUUCCUCUGGGGGCGCCUGGCCUCCCUGUUCCACUGGAGGGUCCUUGUCCAUCCCUUCUAGAAUAGAGCUUCCCGUCCAAGGAGAUGGGUGGGGGCGCCUGGUCCUCUGGCUCUGCAGGGCUGGGUGCAGGGUCGGGGUUGCAGCUAGGCCGCCCCGCGUCUCUGGGCCUGGAAGCCUGUCAUUGCCCUCGUUCCUGCAAAAACCUAGGAGAGUCCAGGCCAGGGGUGGGCCGGCCCUGGGCUGGGGAAGGCCUGUCCUGCCCGGACGGGCGAGGUGCCAGCCAGGUCCUCGGUCCCCCCAAGCGGCCUGCGGGCUCCCAGGGGAGGGAAUCCUGCCGGAGCUCUCCACAACCCAAGCAGUGCGCGUUUGUCUCUGUCAGCUGCCACGCUUUUCGGUGGGAAGGUGAGGCUGGCCCCGUUCCUCCCUGCUGGUGCUGGCAGGGUGGCCCUGGCCUCACCCCGCUGGCCGUGACGCUCCGGCCUCCUUCCGUCUGCCCGCCGGCACCCACCGCCCCGCCUCAGCGUCCAGAGCAAGGUCGGAGGCUGACAGGGCCGGCGCCUGCACCCUCCCCCUCACAGCCGGGACGGGGGAGAUGGCAGGUAAGCUGCCUGCGGCUCCCUGCGCCCCGAGAGGCGGGGGCCGCCCUCAGAACCCCCAGUGCUCCCAGCCCCCCUCCGCACAAGCCCCUGGGCGUGCAGCUCCCCUUCAAGAUGGCCUCACACCCGCUCAUCUAGUAGGUGUGACAGCAGGACCCAGUUAGUCCUCAGACCUCAGCCAUUCCCCCAUUUGACAGAGAGGAAACGGAGAUGGCGACGCCCAGUGACAGCCUCCAGCUGUCCCCGACUUCCCAAACAGCAGGGGUCCUGUCCGGGCGCCCAUGCCUCCCCCAGCCCCAGGAGGGCCCUGCUGACCCUGCUCCUGCAUGAGGCCCGUGAGCAACCCCACCGUCCGUCCUCCUGGGGGUUUCCUUUGCCAUCCAGGACCCUCUAGAAGGUUCCUAACCCUUGCAGCUCCUCUGAUUUCUCCUGUGGGGUCAGACUCAGCCUGGCUGGGACGGGCGUGGAAGAUCCGAACCUGUCUGUGCUGUGAGGCCGAGGAAUGACUAGUAUUUAUUCUCCAAGUGCUUUAUCUCUGUAAAAUGAUAUGCCAAUUGUUGUAGAAAGAACUUUCCCCUUAACUUAUGUACACAGUCUGGCUUUUCAAACUUAAGUUCCGUGCUUUCUGUCCCUAAGACUGAGGCACCCUGUUCUCUCCCUUCUGUACAUUCUGCAGUGGCAGUUUCUCAUUUUUGUGUUUGUUUUGGAAACCAGACGCAUAUCCAUGGUGAGAUUUUACCAGUACAGAAGAAUAUAUGACAAAAAGUAAACUCCCAGGAACAUCGGCGCCUUAGUCCCGCCCCCCAUCCUGUCAGUCACUGUUGCCUGUGUCUUGUGUACCCUUUCAGAGUAAUUCUAUGCAUUUACAAGUUUAUAAAUAUGUAUAUUUAUAUAUCUAUUUUUAAUACAAGCAGUAGCAUUCUAUA